CCUGACGGUCCCCGGCCCUGGCUCUGCUCUGUCCCCGGAGACCCCCGGCGGCGGUGGCAGCUCCUCUAGCCUGACUUGGGAGUGAGGAUGGCUUUUCAUCCCUCAGAAACGGACUCUGACAAUGUCGACAAGCAGGUGCAAAAUCCCGUGCCUCCAAGACUGAAUAGUAAAAUAGCAAAGGGAAUACAAAAUUUUGUAACACCCACAGAAAAUGCAGCUGAUACACAAGUCCUGAUGUUUAGGCACGCUACGAAAGCCCAGGAGAGGACAAGAAGACAACAGCAGCCUAGAAAACUGGAGCCUCUGCCAGUGCUAAAAGCCUACCAAGACCGUAAGAGGCCAGAAUUCAUAUAUAAACAGAAUCAACUUCUGUCGACCACUUCUGGAAUCAUAAAACCACCAGGAAGCAUUGAAGAAAGUUCUACCAAGUCACCUGUUCAGUCUCUUCAGCAUGAAGAUGCUUUGAAAGAAAAACAGAUCCAUCGGUCCUCUACUGAGGUAUUCUCUCCCUCUCCUCCUAAACUGCCACCCAUUGGAAGAAGAGGUCUCUACAAGACUAGUUCCACAGCUUACCCUACGUACAUUUUCGAGGACCGGGAAGACGUUGUUAAGGCCAACAUUCGUGAUCCCUUGCAGAUCAUUAAAGUACUACGUGAAAAUGAACAUAUCGGGUUUCUGUAUAUGAUUCCUGCAGUGCCAAGGUCUUCUAUUGAAUAUGAUACAUAUAAUCUGAAAGUUGUAAAUUAUAACAGCAUCAAUAAAAAGGACUACUAUACUAUUAGCGACAAGGCAGUGACACACAUUUAUAAUAAUGAGGACAUUGAAUAUGUCGAAAUUCAUCGAUGGGAACAGGAAUACCUGUAUCACAGAGAACUCACUAAGAUUCCCAUAUUUUCACUUUUCCGGAAAUGGAAGGCCUUUAACGUGUGGAAGAAGAACGUGCGCUCCAAGAAGACGAGUGUCUGUCGAGAGUCUCUGCAAGACAACUUGUUCAUUGUUAAUCAUUAUUUGAGACCAGCCCUUCUUAAAAUAAAUGAACUGUGUUAUCAGUUGAGAUUUAUGCGGCUUUGUUAUAUUGAAAAAGGCCACACCUAUACCCUGCAAGAAUUUAAGGCCGCGCAAAUCGUCUGGCUGCAAACGGUGACAGAGCACCUGGAAGAAUUUCGAAAUGAGUCCAAAGAUGUGGUGAGGAAGGCUUGUCGCACUGCUCUGCGCGCUAUAGGAUUCACUCCUGACGACUGUGAGGAUGGAGCUAGUAAGAAAGUGUCAAGCACUGGAGGUCUCAUUGAGUUGCCAGCUUAUUCAAACUCUGAGAACAUGAAAUACACACAGCAGGCCAGGAAAAGGCGUUAUUGCAGGAGGCUGACAUGCUUUAUUCGUCUAAAUGAUUAUCUAAUUCAGAGCACAAUGCACAUCUUAACAGUAAAUUCUGUUAACUCCCUUUUGAAUUAUCUCAAUGACAAGCUAAAACGAACACCUUCAGCAGAUGUCAUUCAAAAAUGGAUUACUGAGGAGAAGCCCGAAGUCACUGAUAAGAAGGGGACCCCGAUGAUGGAGAGGCAGGAAGAAGAUGAGUCUCUCGUCCCCAUGUUCCUCACAGAACUGAUUCUGACCGUGCACUCCCUACUCUUUGAGCCUUCUUUGGAAGACUUUCUGGAUGGUAUUUCUGGUGCAAUUAAUCAGUUUCAAAACACUGUGUUAUCAGUUCCCAAUCUCGUGCCUGACCCAUAUUUUGAUGCUUUCACCAGCCCUUACAUUAACAACAAACUUGAAGAAAAAACGUGUGGAUUCGGUCCAAGCUUAUCAGCAGUAUUUGAAGAUGAUAAGAACUUUCACACAAUUAUCUUUCAAAUAAAGGAAACCAUAAAGGCAGCGUUUGAAUCUGCCCAAUUAUAUGCAGCUACAUUUGAAAAGUUCCAGUUGUUCUUCAAGGAAAAUGAAAGUCUUGAUUUAGAAGCUCUUAAACUUCAGGAACCUGAUGUCAAAUUCUUCAGUGAACAACUGGAAAAAUAUCACAAACAGCACAAGGACGCUAUGGCUCUAAAACCCACCAGAAAUGUAGGCUUGCUGCUCAUUGACACGAAGCUGCUUAAAGAAAAACUAAUUCCAUCACCUUUGCGAUGCUUGGAGGUGCUAAAUUAUAUGCUUCCUUGUCAAAGCAAGAAAAAAGUGGAUGCCAUUAUCUCUGAGGCACAGGAUGCAGAGUAUAAACUUGAAUUUGUUCCAUCGACCACCAUAGAAUAUGUUAACAGCUUAGUAUUUCUUGAUGAAAUUCAGGAAAGGAUAGAAACCAUUGAAGAGGAAGCAAAUGUGGUGGUGCAAAUGUACAAGCUCAUCGAACAGUAUCAGGUUCCCACGCCGCCCGAAGACUUCGCUGUUUUUGCAACUAUGAAGCCGUCCAUUAUUGCUGUGCGGAAUGCCAUCGAUAAAUCCGUGGGUGACAGAGACACAAGCAUUAAGCAGUUUUGUGUGCAUUUAGGUAAAGAUCUUGAAGAUCUAACCAAUGAAGUGAAUGAAAUAAAGCUGCAAGCACAGGAUCCACAGAUUUUGGAUAUUAAUGCUGACCAAGACAAAGUGAAGUCCAUGUUGAAUGACCUGCAAGCAGUUCUAGAUGACCUUCAGAAACGCGCAUUUCAAUACAAAUCUUAUCAGAAAAACUUUAAGGUAGAAGUUUCUAAGUUUGAAGAUUUGGAGGAAGUUAGCGCUGAAGUGAAGCUCAAACAAUUGCUCUGGGAUUCUUUGUCUGAAUGGGAUCAACUCCAACAAGAUUGGUUGAAGUCCAAAUUUGACUGCCUCGAUCCAGAAGCCCUAAACAGUCAAGUUUCUAAAUACACCAAAUUUGUGACUCAAUUGGAAAAAGGCUUGCCACCCAACAGUGUAGUGCCCCAGCUAAAAAGUAAGGUGGAAAAAAUGAAAGAAAAGCUUCCAGUUAUCAUUGACUUGAGGAACCCAACUUUGAAGCCUAGGCAUUGGACAGCUAUUGAACAAACAGUUGAUGCCACCUUAGUGGACCUUGAAAAUCCAUUAACCUUAGAGACACUCUCUGAGUUGCAUGUUUUCAACUUUGGGCAAGAAAUCCAGGACAUUUCUGGACAGGCUUCUGGAGAAGCUGCCUUAGAAACAAUUCUUAAAAAGGUGGAGGAUUCCUGGAAAACAACUGAAUUUGUGGUUCUGCCCCACCGUGACACCAAAGAUGUAUUUAUCCUAGGCGGCACAGACGACAUACAGGUCCUUCUUGAUGACAGCACCAUCAAUGUCGCCACCAUCGCCUCGUCACGUUAUGUUGGUCCGCUGAAGACUCGAGUGGAUGACUGGCAGAAACAACUUGCUUUGUUUAAUCAAACACUGGAAGAAUGGCUGAACUGCCAGAGAAACUGGCUCUACCUGGAAAGUAUUUUUAAUGCUCCAGAUAUUCAGAGGCAGUUGCCUGCAGAGGCCAAGAUGUUCCUCCAGGUGGAUAAGUCGUGGAAAGAGAUCAUGAGGAAGGUGAACCGGCUGCCUAACGCUCUUCGAGCGGCCACUCAACCAGGACUCUUGGAGACAUUUCAAAAUAAUAAUGCAUUACUUGACCAGAUUCAGAAGUGUCUAGAGGCAUAUUUAGAAUCAAAAAGAGUUAUCUUUCCCAGGUUUUACUUCUUGUCAAAUGAUGAGCUUCUGGAGAUUUUGGCCCAGACACGAAAUCCUCAAGCUGUGCAGCCGCACUUAAGGAAAUGCUUCGACUCCAUCUCAAGGCUUGAGUUUGCUCUCAUGCCUCCUGCUGAAGGAAAAAUUCCUGGUGUGGAUGGAGAGCCAGAAAAAGUUUAUACUAAUGAUAUUUUAGCAAUGCUGUCUCCAGAGGGAGAAAGGGUUAGCCUGGGAAAAGGCCUCAAGGCCCGAGGCAACGUGGAGGAAUGGCUCGGCAAAGUGGAAGAAGCCAUGUUCUCGUCUCUGCGUCGCCUGUGCAAAGCUGCCAUCGCCGACUAUCAGGUGAAGCUGAGGACCGACUGGGUGAUAGCUGGCCACCCUUCUCAGGUGAUCCUGACCAUUUCUCAAGUCAUUUGGUGCCGCGAUUUGACUGAGUGUUUGGAAAGAGAUGGGAAUCGUUUAGAGGCCCUGGAAGCUUUUGAAAGAGUCAGCUUUGAGAGAUUAAAUGCCCUGGCAGCACUGGUUCGAGGCCAUCUUUCUAAAUUACACAGAAACAUCAUAACUGCCUUAAUUACUAUUGAUGUACAUGCAAGAGACAUUGUCACCGAACUUAUUCAAGCCAAGGUAGAAGAAGUCGAAUCCUUUGACUGGCAGAGACAACUGCGCUAUUAUUGGUACACAGACAUAGAUAACUGUGUGGCUAGAAUGGCGCUCUCUCAGUACACUUAUGCCUAUGAAUAUUUGGGUGCAUGCCCAAGAUUGGUUAUUACUCCUCUCACGGAUCGCUGCUAUCUGUGCCUCAUGGGGGCUUUGCAGCUCGACCUGGGAGGCGCACCAGCUGGUCCCGCUGGCACUGGGAAAACUGAGACUACCAAAGACCUAGCAAAAGCUCUUGCCAUCCAGUGUGUGGUCUUUAAUUGUUCGGAUGGUUUGGACUACAAGAUGAUGGGGCGCUUCUUUAGCGGCCUGGCGCAGUCAGGGGCCUGGUGCUGCUUUGAUGAGUUUAAUCGAAUUGACAUCGAGGUCCUGUCUGUCAUCGCGCAGCAGCUCAUUACCAUUCGGAACGCCAAAGCCGCAAAGCUCUCUAGAUUCAUGUUUGAGGGGCGGGAAAUAAAGCUGGUGAUGACUUGUGCAGCCUUCAUCACCAUGAAUCCUGGAUACGCAGGCAGAACCGAACUGCCAGAUAAUUUGAAAGCCCUGUUUAGACCUUUUGCAAUGAUGGUUCCAAAUUAUGCCUUGAUUGCAGAGGUCAUUCUGUAUUCUGAAGGAUUUGAAUCCAGUAAAAUAUUAGCAAGAAAAAUGACUCAGAUGUAUAAGCUCUGCAGCGAGCAGCUCUCUCAGCAAGAUCACUAUGACUUUGGCAUGAGAGCUGUGAAGUCUGUGCUGGUCAUGGCUGGGUCUUUAAAAAGAGAGAACCCAGACCUUAGUGAAGAUGUGGUGUUGAUAAGAGCACUGCGAGACUCCAACCUGCCAAAGUUCCUAACAGAUGACGCUGUUCUGUUCGGUGGAAUCAUAUCUGACCUUUUCCCUGGAGUCCAAAUUCCAGAACACGAUUAUGGUAUAUUGCAGUCAACAAUUAUAGAUGUCAUGAAUGGACAAAAUCUCCAGCCUGAGAUGUGUAUGGUUGAAAAAGUGAUACAGUUCUAUGAAACUAUGCUAGUAAGGCAUGGUGUUAUGUUAGUUGGCCCAACUGGAGGUGGCAAGACCACAGUUUACCGAAUACUUGCAGAAACUUUAGGGAAUUUGCAGAAACUUGGAGUGGACAAUCCCUUUUACCAACCAGUUAAAACAUACGUUCUUAAUCCUAAAUCAAUUACAAUGGGUGAGUUAUAUGGCGAAGUAAAUAGCAUAACCUUGGAGUGGAAAGAUGGUCUGAUGGCAUUGAGUGUCCGAGCAGCUGUGAACGACACUUCCGAAGACCAUAAAUGGAUAAUCAGUGAUGGGCCAGUGGAUGCCCUUUGGAUUGAAAACAUGAACACAGUAUUGGAUGAUAACAAGAUGCUUUGCCUGGCUAACAGCGAGAGGAUUAAACUCACACCUCAGAUCCACAUGCUUUUCGAGGUGCAAGACCUAAAGGUUGCCUCUCCUGCUACAGUCAGUCGGUGUGGGAUGGUGUUUGUGGAUCCUGAGGAGCUGAAAUGGAUGCCUUACGUUAAAACCUGGAUGAAGGGUAUUUCUAAAAAACUGAACGAGGAAACCCAAGAAUUUAUAUUGAACCUUUUCCAGCGUUAUGUUGAUGAUGGUUUACAUUUUAUCAAUAAAAAAUGCAGCCAAGGGAUGCCACAAGUGGACAUUAGCAAAGUGACUACACUCUGCUGCUUAUUGGAAUCUUUGAUAAUUGGGAAAGAUGCAAUUAAUUUCACAAUGGAACAAUCAAAACUGAACACAAUACUGUGUCAGACUUUUAUAUUCUGUUAUUUAUGGUCUUUGGGUGGAAAUCUAACUGAAAACUACUGGGAUUCUUUUGAUACAUUUAUUAGAACACAAGUCGAUGACAAUCCUGAUGCCAGGCUUCCCAGUUCUGGCGAUCUGUGGAGCAUUUACAUGGACUUUGACACCAAACGGCUGGACCCCUGGGAACGAAUCAUACCCACCUUCAAGUACAGCCGAGAUGUUCCGUUUUUUGAAAUGCUUGUCCCCACAGUUGACACAGUGCGCUUUGGGUACCUAAUGGAAAAACUACUGGCAGUGAGGCAUUCGGUAUUAUUUACUGGAACAACUGGAGUUGGAAAGUCUGUUAUUGCAAAAGGAUUGCUAAAUAAAAUUCAAGAGUCAGCUGGCUAUGUUCCUGUUUAUCUCAAUUUUUCUGCUCAAACUUCAUCUGCAAGAACACAAGAGAUCAUUGAGUCAAAACUGGAAAGGAAAAGAAAAAAUAUUCUCGGAGCACCAAGAAACAAACGUGUUGUGAUUUUUGUUGACGACUUAAAUAUGCCCAGACUGGAUCGCUAUGGCUCUCAGCCUCCAAUUGAAUUGCUUCGGCAGUAUCAAGAUUUUGGUGGAUUUUAUGACAGAAGCAAACUCUUUUGGAAGGACAUACAGGAUGUGACGAUUGUAUCAGCCUGUGCACCUCCAGGCGGUGGCCGCAACCCAGUGACCCCCCGCUUCAUCCGACACUUCAGCAUGCUGUGUCUCCCAAUGCCCUCGGAGCACAGUCUGAAACAGAUUUUCCAGGCCAUCUUAAACGGCUUCUUGAGUGACUUCACAUCAGAUGUCAAGCAAACUGCAACCAACAUUGUCGAAGCCGCAGUUGAGAUUUAUAACAGAAUGAGUAUUGAUCUUCUGCCAACACCGGCCAAGUCCCAUUAUGUUUUUAACUUAAGGGAUUUAUCCAAAUGUGUGCAAGGUAUUCUCCAGUGUGAUCCAGGAACAAUAAGAGAAGGAAUACAGAUAUUUAGACUCUUUUGCCACGAAUGUCAGAGAGUCUUCCAUGAUCGCCUGAUUAAUAAUGAAGACAAGCACUAUUUCCAUGCUAUUUUGACAGAAAUGGCCAACAAACAUUUUGGAAUUGCAAUUGGCCGGGAAUAUUUUUUGACUAAGCCCAUCAUAUUUGGAGAUUUCAUUAAGUUUGGAGCAGAUAAGGCUGAUCGGAUUUAUGACGACAUCCCCGAUAUGGAGAAAAUCGCAAAUGUUCUACAGGACUAUCUUGAUGAUUAUAACCUUACAAAUCCCAAAGAAGUAAAGCUGGUGUUCUUCCAGGAUGCUAUAGAACAUGUUUCAAGGAUCGCCCGCAUGAUCCGUCAGGAAAGAGGCAACGCCCUGCUCGUUGGCGUCGGGGGCACCGGGAAGCAGUCUCUGACCAGGCUCGCAGCCCACAUAUGUGGCUACAGAUGUUUCCAGAUUGAACUGAGCCGGGGGUAUAACUAUGAAAGUUUUCACGAAGACCUGAGGAAGCUGUACAGACUGGCAGGCGUGGAGGACAGGAACAUGGUUUUCCUCUUCACGGACACACAGAUUGUCGUGGAAGAGUUCCUAGAAGAUAUAAAUAACAUUUUGAACUCAGGUGAAGUGCCUAAUUUAUUUGAAAAAGAUGAACUGGAGCAGGUUUUAGCAGCCACCAGACCAAGAGCAAAAGAAGUCGGAAUUUCCGAGGGCAAUAGGGAUGAGGUGUUUCAAUACUUUAUCAACAGAGUCCGUCAGAAGCUGCACAUUGUCCUCUGUAUGAGCCCGGUUGGGGAGGCCUUCCGGUCCCGAUGCCGGAUGUUUCCAUCCCUUGUGAACUGCUGCACCAUUGACUGGUUUGUCCAGUGGCCCAAAGAAGCACUUCUUUCUGUAUCAGAGACAUUUUUCUCAAAUGUUGGCAUUGGAAGUGAUGAACUAAAAGAAAAGCUUUCCCUCAUGUGCGUGAAUGUUCACUUAAGCGUCUCCAAUAUGGCAGAACGCUAUUACACAGAGCUCCGGAGACGGUACUACACCACGCCCACCUCCUACCUGGAACUCAUCAACCUCUACCUGACCAUGCUCAGUGAUAAAAAGAAGCAGCUGAUUUCAGCAAGUGACCGGGUAAAGAAUGGUCUCACCAAGCUAUUAGAAACAAACAUACUAGUAGAUAAGAUGAAAUUAGAUCUUUCAGCUUUAGAACCUAUCCUUUUGACAAAAUCACAAGAUGUCGAAGCCCUGAUGGACAAAUUGGCAGUGGAUCAAGAAAGUGCCGAUCAGGUCCGUAACGUUGUGCAAGAAGAUGAAGCAGUGGCCAAAGUGAAAGCCGAAGAAACCCAAGCGAUAGCCGACGACGCUCAAAGAGACCUUGAAGAAGCUCUGCCUGCACUCGACGCUGCCAAUAAAGCGCUGGAUUCCUUAGAUAAAGCCGAUAUAUCUGAAAUUAGAGUUUUUACAAAGCCCCCAGAUAUGGUCAUGACCGUUAUGGAAGCCAUUUCCAUUCUCUUGAAUGCCAAGCCUGAUUGGGCAACAGCAAAGCAACUUCUUGGGGACUCCAACUUUCUCAGAAGACUUCUAGAAUAUGACAAGGAAAACAUAAAGCCUCAGAUAUUAGCAAAGCUUCAAAAGUAUAUUAACAAUCCUGAUUUUGUGCCCGAAAAAGUAGAGAAAGUGUCCAAAGCAUGUAAGUCCAUGUGCAUGUGGGUAAGAGCGAUGGACCUGUACUCUCGGGUGGUCAAAGAAGUCGAACCCAAGAGACAGAAACUCCGUGCCGCACAGGCUGAACUCGACAUUACUAUGGCCACCCUGAAAGAAAAACGAGCGUUACUAAAACAAGUGGAAGAUCAAAUACAGGCCUUGCAAGAUGAAUACGACAGGAGCGUGAAUGAGAAAGAAAGCCUGACAAAGAACAUGGCCCUGACAAAAGCACGCCUGGCCCGUGCUGGAAAGCUGACGGCUGCCUUGGGGGAUGAGAAAGUUCGAUGGGAAGAGACCAUCGAGAAAUUCGACGAGGAGAUUUCGAAUGUCAUCGGGAACGUGUUCAUAGCCGCAGCUUGCGUGGCCUAUUACGGAGCCUUCACGGCCCAGUACCGGCAGCUGCUGAUAGAGUGUUGGAUCCAGGACUGUCAGUCUCUGGAGAUCCCCAUCGAUCCUUCCUUCAGUCUCAUCAACAUUCUUGGUGAUCCCUACGAAAUACGGCAGUGGAACACGGACGGGCUGCCCCGCGACUUGAUAUCAACGGAAAAUGGCAUUCUGGUUACUCAAGGGAGACGGUGGCCUUUGAUGAUUGAUCCCCAAGAUCAGGCCAACCGCUGGAUAAGAAACAAAGAGGUCAGAAGUGGCUUAAGGGUCAUUAAGCUCACGGAUAGCAACUUCUUACGCACGCUGGAGAACUCCAUCCGCCUCGGCUUGCCGGUCCUCCUGGAGGAGCUUAAAGAAACCUUGGAUCCAGCUCUAGAACCCAUUCUUUUGAAACAGACCUUCAUAAGUGGUGGACGACUGCUCAUUCACCUUGGGGACUCGGACAUCGAUUAUGAUAAGAAUUUUAGGUUCUAUAUGACAACCAAGUUGCCAAAUCCCCACUACCUGCCUGAGGUGUGCAUUAAAGUUACCAUCAUCAAUUUCACUGUAACCAAGUCAGGUCUGGAGGAUCAGUUGUUAAGUGAUGUGGUGAGACUGGAGAAACCCGAGCUGGAAGAACAGAGAAUCAAGCUCAUAGUGAGGAUCAACACCGAUAAAAACCAGCUGAAAGCUAUCGAAGAUAAAAUCCUGAAGAUGCUCUUUACAUCUGAAGGUAAUAUUCUGGACAAUGAAGAACUUAUUGAGACACUCCAGGAUUCAAAGAUCACUUCUGGUGCCAUUAAAGGCAGGCUGAAGGAAGCAGAGUCCACGGAAGUGAUGAUAAACGUUGCCCGUGAGAAGUAUCGGCCAGUAGCCACUCAAGGCUCUGUUAUGUACUUCGUGAUUGCCAGCCUCUCAGAAAUAGAUCCUAUGUAUCAGUAUUCAUUAAAAUAUUUCAAACAGCUGUUCAAUACAACAAUAGAAACUUCUGAGAAGGCAGAUGAUUUAGAGCAGCGCAUGGCCAUACUCCUGGAGCAAACCCUCCUGACUGCGUACAUCAAUGUUUCGAGAGGACUCUUUGAACAACAUAAACUCAUCUACAGCUUUAUGCUCUGUGUUGAGAUCAUGCGUCAGCAAGGAAGCUUAACUGAUGCAGAGUGGAAUUUCUUUCUCCGAGGUUCUGCAGGAUUAGAAAAGGAACGCCCACCGAAGCCUGAUGUUCCCUGGCUGCUUACUCCCAUGUGGUUCGCGUGCUGUGACUUAGAAGAAUCGUUUCCAGUUUUCAAGAGACUUACACGAUAUCUAUUGUUAUAUCCUAUUUCCAUACGUUUAGGAUCUUUUGAGACUUACAUUAACCCACAAGAAUUGGAAGCAUAUACCAAAAUGAAGGAAGAAAUGGAAUUCACGACAGAGGAAGUCGAGGCCACAAGCCAGGAUUCGUGGCUUUCAAAUUUAAGCUCUUUCCAUAAACUAAUCCUUAUUAAAUGUUGUAAAGAAGAAAAGGUGGUUUUCGCUCUUACAGACUUUGUAAUAGAAAAUCUUGGAAAACGCUUUAUAGAGACACCACCUAUGGACCUGCCUACUCUAUAUCAAGACAUGUCAUGCAACACUCCCCUGAUAUUUAUCUUAAGCACGGGCUCAGAUCCCAUGGGCGCAUUUCAGAGGUUUGCCCGGGACAGCGGGUAUUCAGAACGGCUGCAGUCAAUUUCACUGGGGCAAGGACAAGGGCCCAUCGCUGAAAGGAUGAUCAAAGACGCUAUGAAAUCGGGAAACUGGGUGUUUUUGCAAAACUGCCAUCUUGCUGUCUCUUGGAUGCUGGCGAUGGAAGAGCUAAUUAAAACCUUCACAGAUCCAAAUAUUGCUAUCAAGGACAGUUUUCGACUGUUUUUAAGUUCCAUGCCUAGUAGCACAUUUCCUGUUACAGUUCUUCAAAACUCUGUCAAGGUAACCAACGAGCCCCCAAAAGGCUUACGUGCAAAUAUCAGACGAGCAUUUACUGAAAUGACUCCUUCAUAUUUUGAAGAAAAUAUACUUGGACAAAAAUGGAGACAAAUAAUAUUUGGCAUUUGUUUCUUCCAUGCCAUUGUUCAGGAAAGAAAAAAGUUUGGCCCUCUUGGUUGGAACAUCUGCUAUGAAUUUAACGACAGUGACAGGGAAUGCGCUUUACUGAACCUCAACCUUUACUGUCAAGAAGGAAAGAUUCCCUGGGAUGCGCUGAUUUAUAUUACUGGUGAGAUUACAUAUGGUGGUAGAGUUACAGACACCUGGGAUCAAAGAUGCCUUCGUACUGUCCUGAAAAGGUUCUUUUCUCCUGAAACAUUACAAGAGAAUUAUAAAUAUUCCGAAUCAGGCAUCUAUUUUGCACCCUUGGCCGACAGCCUGCAAGAGUUUAAAGAUUACAUUGAAAAUCUGCCGUUAAUAGAUGACCCAGAAAUAUUUGGAAUGCAUGAAAAUGCCAACCUCGUUUACCAGUACAAAGAGACCAACACUUUGAUCAACACCAUACUUGAGGUUCAGCCCAGGUCGUCUUCCGGUGGAGAGGGGAAAAGCAAUGAUGAGAUUGUCCAAGAACUCGUUACUUCCAUCCAGGGCAGAGUCCCAGAAAUACUGGAAAUGGAGACUGCUUCUGAGAGCCUCUUCGUCAAGGAUUCUCAAGGACGCCUUAACUCCCUGACCACCGUCCUUGGACAAGAAGUGGACCGGUUUAACAGCCUGCUGAAGCUAAUCCACACGUCUCUAGAGAUGCUCAACAAAGCCAUUGCUGGAUUUGUGGUGAUGUCCGAAGAGAUGGAAAAGGUGUACAACAGUUUCCUCAACAACCAGGUUCCCUCCCUGUGGUCCAACACAGCCUACCCGUCCCUGAAACCACUGGCGUCAUGGGUCAAAGACCUUAUUCUGAGGACCGCAUUUGUGGACCUGUGGCUCAAAAGGGGGCAGCCUGUGUCCUUCUGGAUCUCUGGGUUCUUCUUUCCUCAAGGAUUUCUAACAGGAACUCUUCAAAAUCACGCUCGAAAAUACAAUUUGCCUAUAGACGAGCUCAGUUUCAAGUACAAUGUAAUUCCUGCCUAUCGGGAUCAAGCCGCGGUUAUAGAAGCUGCCAAGACAGUGAAGUUUGGACAAGAACUGCCCAUGGACAUGGAGUUGCCUUCUCCGGAGGACGGCGUGCUCGUUCACGGCAUGUUCAUGGAUGCUUUCCGGUGGGACAAUGAUGAGAUGGUGGUAGAAGAUGCUCUGCCAGGACAGAUGAAUCCAGAGCUGCCUGUGGUGCAUUUUGAACCUCAACAAAAUUAUGAGCCAAGCCCAACACUUUACCACUCCCCACUUUAUAAAACAGGGGCCCGAGCAGGGACACUCUCCACCACAGGUCAUUCAACCAACUUUGUGGUGACCGUCCUUUUACCCUCCAAGAGAUCCAAAGAUUACUGGAUUGCCAAGGGAUCGGCUUUGCUCUGCCAGCUGAAUGAGUGAGACGGGGCCACUCGGUGCUGAAGAGAAGCAGGCCAGAGAUCUUUGAAAGGGAAGAGAGAGCGUGACUUACACGUGAGCAAAACAGCGUUGCUUCUGAUGUGACUUAAGGGCAGUAAGUGCGGCUCCUACUUCUCUUAUAACCUAAAAUAAAGUGUUUGAGUUUGUAUUUCUGUU